AUGCAUGGGAAAAUACUUGUUUGUGAGAUUGAAAUUAAGGAUAUUAGGACCGAACUGACUUAUUGGAAGAAUGCAGUAAUGUGUUAUGUACUUGGGGUACAUCCACCCUUUGCAGUGUUAAAUGGAUUUAUCCAGAGAAUGUGGGCAAAACAUAGAAUAAACAAGAUAUCUAUGCUGAAAAAUAGGAUAGUACUAGUUCGAUUUGAUAUUGAGAUGGGGGAAAAUGAGAUGUUACAAGGGGGGAUAUACCGUUUUGACAACAAGCCCUUCAUAGUUAAAGCUUGGGAUCCUAAUAUGGAAUUCAAUAGAGAAGAGUUAUACUCGGUUCCUAUAUGGGUGAAACUACUAGGAUUAGACUUCAAGUAUUGGAGUCCAAAAGGGCUUAGCAAAAUUGGAAGCUUAAUUGGUAAACCUUUAAUGGUUGAUCAUCAAAUAGAGAAGAAUAUAGGCUUAAACUUUGCUAGACUUCUCAUUGAAGUUGACAUAGAUGGUCCAUUAUCAAAGAAGAUAAUGUUUAAGAAUGAAAGAGGUAAUUUGGUCGAGCUGAAAGUUCAGUAUGACUGGAAACCUAUUUUGUGCAAAUGUAGCAACAAGUAUGGCCAUAAUGAGGAAGCUUGUAGAAGGAAGAAAACAAAAACUCAACAGAAGAAAAUAGGGGAUCAGGCAAAUAAAGUAGCUAAGGGGAGAAGGGCAAGGAGAAGACAGGAGAUAACCUGA